AUGUGCUUUGACACCUGCGUUACCGUAGACUCGAUCACGGGAUCCAAGCACAUCCCGGCUUCGGCUCGCGUUGAUCCCAGUUCGCUGCCCUUCCACGCUCUCUCGCCAGGCUCGGAUGCCAAAGUCACCAUCACGCUCUUCCAUCUGGGCAGCAUCAACAGCUACCGUCAGGCAUGGGCCGACGACACGUGGGAUGCGGACAAGGCGAAGCGUCUCAAUAAGGCAAAGCAGCCAGUCGAGCUCCCGGUCUUGAGCGCCUUGAUCGAACAUGAGCCCACCGGCGAACGGUGGCUCUGGGAUCUCGGUAUGAGCAAUGACCCGAAUGUACUUCCUAAAGUCUUCUCCAGCGGCGCGAUCAAGUUUAUGGCCGGUGACCUCAGCGAUCGCGGACAGCUCAAGAACGUGCUUUUGAAGAAAUUCGACGUCGAGACCAUCGAAGAGAUCGGUCUUUCUGGCAUCAUUCUGUCGCAUGCUCACGUGGAUCACUAUGGAAAUCUCCUGGACUUUCCAACUUCCCUGCCUGUUUUCGUCGGACCUGGAACGAUGGAUUGGGUCGGCGGUGGAGAGGACGCGGCAGAGAAGGGCGAAAAGGGCCUGAUGUCGUUCCCAUCGAGCUUUCUCAAAGAUCGCACCUUUGUCGAGAUGGAUAGCAUCUCUGGUAGCAGCGUCGAUGCUAAGAUCAAGGACAGGGUCAAGAGCACCAUAGUCGGCCCGUUCGAUCAGGCCUGGGACUGGUUCGGCGAUGGCAGCAUCAUCAUAGCUUCGGCUGAAGGGCACUGUCACGGCCACAUGGUCUUGCUUGCUAAAACCACUUCAUCGCCAAAGCCAACCUACGUGCUCCUCUCUGCAGACGCAGCCCAUCAGCAAGCGCUCUACCAUCCGCUCCCGCCGCCGCUGCAGCUCAACGCGGAGUCCCUCUGCUCCUCCGCUGCUCGGUACAACGAGCCGUACGCAUCAGAGACCGAUCAACGCGCAACGCCAGGCUACUUUGAUCGCACCAGCGCAGAGGCAGCGAUGCGUACGCUCGCAGCGCUGUCGCGCAUGGAGGCGUGCGCUGAUGUCAUGGUGGUACUCGCGCACGAGAUCGAGUUCGUCAAAGCAGUCGGUCUGCAGGAGGGCUCAGAGCUCAUCGUCAACGAUUGGCACGCCAAGGGCUACAAGAACGCCAAGAUCGAAUUGGGACGUAAGUCAAGAGAGGAUUUGGCGGCGUUGUAG